AUGUACAAGGAGAGCGAAAGAGCCUCACCAAAUAUAUUCCGAUUCGUGAGUGUUAAAAGCAUCUGCUCCAACCUGGUGGAAAUAAGAAUGAAAAUGGAAUUGAUCAGAAGAAGAAGAAGAAGAAGAAGAAGAAGAAGCAGAAGAAGAAGAAGAAGAAGAAGAAGAAGAAGAAGAAGAAGAAGAAGAAGAAGAAGAAGAAGAAGAAGAAGAAGAAGAAGAAGAAGAAGAAGAAGAAGAAGAAGAAGAAGAAGCGAUCACUGAAACAAUGA